AUCGGAGAAGGAUCCUGCGGGACCGUCUGGUCCGCUGACGACACGCAUUACGCCAUCAAAAGAGAAGAAGGGGGAUCGGAAGGCUCACUGUACAACGGCUUUGUGAUGCAUCAGAAGGCUCUAAAAGCCGCGCUUGUCACCACCCCGGAUUCCCCCAACUACGUUCCUGUCGACGAUCCUUGGUGGAACGACCAUCUUGAGAGAUUCCCGAACGGCCAUCGACCCUGCAACGCCCUCAUCAGCGAGCGGAUACCGCAUUUCCCUCGGGAAGUACGCGACAGGAUCAUCGAUCGGUACUCCCCUGAGUCCAUCCGAGCAUCCAGCAAGGAGGCGGUAGCGAACCGAGACUGCUUAAUCCGACCAUAUCUAGGCUGCCGGCGGCAGCACAAACCAGAUUCAGAGUCUCAAGCGUUCAGUCUCCGAAAUUAUCCUCUUCAUGCUGACCAAAUGGAGGAGCUUGGGCUGGAUACGACACUCUACGCGAAAAAGCUGGCAGAAGGGCUUGCAGAGCUCUAUUGGAAGGUGCGAUUGGACGCCGAUGAUGUCGAAUUCGUUCUUGCUCCCCCGAGGAAAACCGACGACGAAUUCCAGACCGUCCUAAAAUCGGAGACCCUUGGCGACCAUAGCAUCUGGAUCCUAGAUUUCGACCGCUGCAAGAGCAUCACACUGGACGGAUACGGGGUAACUCAAGCCGUCAUAGCGUUCGUCAAUAACGAUCCGUACUUCCCACAACCGGGGAGCGACAACGAGAAGGACGAGGCGCUCUGGAAGACAUUCAAAGACCACUUCCUCGAAGCGAGCCAAGCG